UUCUAGAAACAAGUUCCAUGCAGGAAUGCGGAUCAACCUGCAGGACAAGUAUGAGGACUCGAAGUGGGAACACUCAACAUCAAGCCUACCACAGUGCCUAGGUAGAUGAUCCUCUGGGCGGUCUGCCCAUCCACCAGCGCAGCAAAAAACCCUGCCCGCCUGCCUGUCAGGCUGGUCUGAGGUUCUGCUGCGCAGUGGAUACAGCCGACUGGAUCUCGCACACAACUCAAUGGUGUUUCCUGCCAGUACAGUCCUGUCUGCAUGCGUGGCAUUACAUCGGCCAUGCAGAGACCCAUAUUUCCGUUCCCCGCCCGUGAACACCGCUACUUGGAACCGGCCAUCUCCCUAACAAAGUGAACUAACCAACAGCGGUGUCCGUCGUGUCGACGAUCAUGAGUUCGGGCCGGCAUGGCAGCUGACUGGCCACAUGUGCAUGCACAGUCCCCAGCGAGUUCCCCGACCUCACCCCGCAGCCCAAGGGUACACUGAGAAAAAGAAGUGUGGGUGGAUAUGGCACGCCGGCAGCGGUCAGGACGUGCGGGACAAUUAUAUAACAAGUGAGAGGCGGUGCUCGCGACCGGGGCUGCUGUGUCUUUUGCUUGCCACCUAGCAGUUCAUCAAGAAAUCCUGUGUCAACCUACAAAGCACCAUGGCUCAAGCAGGAGCUGCAACGGACCUCUACGCCUCGCCCAACACGGGCUUGGUGCACCAGCUGCGACAAAACCCUUAUGUCCUGGGCCUCGCCUCUUUCGCGUCCCUGGGAGGGUUCCUCUUCGGCUACGACCAGGGCGUCGUCUCAGGCGUGCUGACAAUGGAGUCAUUUGCCGCCAAGUUCCCUCGCAUCUUCAUGGACAGCAGCUUCAAGGGAUGGUUCGUCUCGACGCUUUUGCUGUUCGCCUGGUUCGGGUCGCUGGUCAACGGGCCUGUUGCAGACCGCGUCGGCCGCAAGGGGUCCAUCCUUGUUGCUGUGGUUAUCUUCACGCUGGGCUCUGCUCUGCAGGCUGCUGCCGACUCGAUUCCAAUGCUCUUUGCCGGACGGGCGAUCGCAGGCUUCUCUGUCGGGAUGCUCACAAUGAUCGUUCCGAUGUAUAUGUCCGAGGUGUCGACGCCGGCCAUCCGUGGCACCCUGGUUGUGCUUCAGCAAUUGAGCAUCACCUUGGGUAUCCUAGUCAGUUACUGGCUUGAAUACGGGACUCAAUACAUCGGUGGAACACGAUGCGCACCAGACAUCCCAUACACUGGGGGCUCAGCAUCCACUCCGGAAUUCGAUCCCAUCGCCGACGUCGGGCCAGAUGGCUGCACCGGCCAGGGCGAAGCUUCGUGGAGGCUUCCCCUCGCCAUGCAGAUAUUGCCUGCCAUCAUUCUUGGUCUCGGUAUGCUCUUCUAUCCGGAAUCACCCAGGUACUUCCUCAUGCGGCAAAAGGAAGACAAGGCACUGGAGGCCCUUGCAUGUAUUCGGCGGGUUGAUGUUGAGUCGGAAACUCUGUGCCGCGAGUACCUUGCCAUUAAGGCCGAGGUUCUAUUUGAGGAGACGUACGGCCGUGACCGAUACCCAGGAAAGACCGGCAUCAGUCUGUACUUGGCAGAGUACUCCUCCUUGGUGUCGACCAAGGCUUCACUCAAACGGUUGACCAUUGGGUGUGUGGUCAUGUUUUUCCAGCAGUUCAUGGGCUGUAACGCCAUUAUUUACUACGCUCCAACGAUAUUUGGCCAGCUCGGCCUCUCAGGCAAGACUUCGUCGCUCCUGGCCACUGGCGUAUACGGCAUCGUUAAUACACUUUCCACCCUCCCAGCCCUGUUCCUCAUCGACAAAGUCGGGCGCCGGCCACUCCUUAUGUGUGGAGCCAUCGGAACCUUCGUCUCUCUUGUCAUCGUCGGCGGCAUCAUCGGCGGGUUUGGCUCCACACUGGUCUCCAACAAAGCAGCUGGCUGGAUUGGUAUCGCGUUCAUCUACAUCUACGACAUAAACUUCUCAUAUUCAUUCGCCCCGAUCGGGUGGGUCCUGCCAUCCGAGAUCUUCAACCUCGGCAACCGCUCCAAGGCCAUGUCCAUCACCACGAGUGCCACAUGGAUGUGCAACUUCAUCAUCGGGCUAGUAACGCCAGAUAUGCUGGACACAAUUGGCUAUGGGACAUACAUUUUCUUCGCGGCCUUCUGUCUUUUGGCGUUCGCAUUCACCUACUUCUUUAUCCCGGAGACGCGGGGGAAGAGCCUCGAGGACAUGGAUGCGGUGUUUGGAGAUAAUGCCGCGCAUGACGAGAAGGCAAGGCUGUUUAAUAUUGCAGCUGAUCUUGGUAUUGUCGACCUAGAUCGGUACCAAUCUGCGAAGGGUGGGGAUGAGAAACCAUCUGUUGAGCAAGUCUAA